AUGGCGGCGGCAGAAGCGAGAGCUGCUUGGCAACGGGCCGCAAACCGCUGCUUAUUUCAGGAGGAUGCAAAGAGAGCUCCAAAACUGGCCUGCUGUCCACCGACAAUGCAACAGCAUGAAGCAAACAGCGGGAACCCCACCAGUCCGCGAGACUGCCACAUCCCGAAUUUCAUGCAUUUGAACUGGAACCCGAUGAACUCCAAUCAGCCAAUAGAUGCCUGGUUUCUUCAGCUGCAGCCCAAUUUCGGGUGCCACAAGGUGCUUUCUGGCGAGCAUCUGAAUUACAUGGGCGGAGAAGCCAAUGCCAAGAAAGUGGACAGUUCCUCGCCUGUCUCUACUCUUGACGACAUCAACACGAAGAAGAGCGAGUGCCCUUCUGAGCCACCGUGGAUGAUUUCGACGGCUUUUAUGAAGCAAACAUCUGAAGCACCUUGCGAAGGGUGCCCUCAAACGAGUCUCAAGUGCAGAGGAAAUUCCAAUAACUUCCUUCACGAGGAUAAAGAGGUUAUGGACUUCAAAACUUUUGAUCCUUUGUUUCCGAAGAAACCGAAGAAGGCAUGCUAUGAGAUGGAUCCACCUUGGGAACAAGACAGGAAGUCUCAGCCCUGGUGGCAAGUAGCUGACGAGGAAGGAUUGGCUUCGCUUGUUGCAGAAAGAGCAAUGCAGCACAUUGAGAACAAUGAUCUGCCAAAACCCACUCAGAUAGUGCGUAUUCAUGGGGCAAAAUUGAACGGCCAUGAAAACAAGGAUGGCUGUGGGAAUUCAUCUUCUUCUUCUGGUAAAGAGUCGCAGCCUCAACUUCACGACACUAUGAUGUGCAGCUAUAGCCUCUCAAGCACCAAUGAGAUGAAUUCAUCUGACGGUGGAGGCUGGCAACAGACUCGCAAAAAUGAUGCGCAUGGUAUAUUGUUAUUAUGUUAUUCCUGGAAAUACCUCAGGGGCACGCAGGAUUCAUAUAGUAGUGGUGAUCAUACACCAGGCAGCAAGCCCACAUAUCAGAAUCAGAAAGACGCCGAGAGGGCCCAGCUACUGGACGCUCUUCGCCAUUCGCAGACACGGGCUAGGGAAGCCGAGGUGGCUGCCAAGAAUGCUCAUGAUGAGAAAGACCAUGUCGUCAAGCUACUGUUUCGUCAGGCCUCGCACCUCUUUGCGUGUAAGCAGUGGCUGAAAAUGCUGCAGCUGGAGAACAUAUGCCUCCAGCUCAGGCUGAAAGAGCAUCAGAUAGCAGCCAUGUUCCCGGAGCUUCCCUGGACGGUGAUGAAGGAUGAGAAGGCCGAGCCAGAAGGGGAGCGAAAAGGCAGGGCAAAGAAGAAAGGCAGGAGGCAGAACAAGGAAGGUGGCUUCUGCAAGGCCAUCAUGUUUGCAGUUGGCGUAGGCAUCGUCGGCGCGGGAUUGCUCCUUGGCUGGACCUUUGGGUGGCUGCUGCCCAGGUUGUAA